AUGGUUGCGCAUAGUAUUUUGUUGCUCGGCACAGCAUUUAACAAAAAUAAUUUUUACAAUCAUUUUAAAUUUAUAAAAACGUACGGAGACUACAUUUGGAUAGAGCCCGUUACAGGAAGAGAGUUCGACGUAGCGAUCGGAGCAAGGGUUGUAUCAGCAGAAGGAAGAAGGAUUCAAGUAAAAGACGACGACAGCAAGGAACAAUGGCUGACUCCAGAGCGUCGAAUAAAAGCCAUGCAUGCCACUUCUGUCCAAGGAGUCGAAGAUAUGAUCUCGUUGGGCGACCUUCACGAAGCUGGAAUUCUAAGGAAUCUCCUUAUCAGAUACAAUGAAAAUUUAAUUUAUACGUAUACGGGGUCAAUAUUAGUAGCUGUAAAUCCAUAUCAAAUUCUUCCCAUAUAUACGGCGGAGCAAAUAAAACUUUACAAGGAUAAAAAAAUUGGAGAACUUCCACCCCACAUAUUUGCUAUCGGAGAUAAUGCUUAUACUCACAUGAAGAGAUAUGGCCACGACCAAUGUAUUGUUAUCAGUGGAGAAAGUGGAGCUGGAAAAACUGAAAGCACAAAGUUAAUUUUACAAUAUUUAGCCGCCAUCAGUGGUAAGCAUUCUUGGAUAGAGCAACAAAUAUUAGAAGCUAAUCCGAUAUUAGAAGCUUUUGGGAAUGCUAAAACCAUACGUAACGACAAUUCUUCUCGUUUUGGAAAGUACAUUGAUAUUCAUUUCAACAGUCAGGGAGUCAUUGAAGGGGCUAAAAUAGAGCAAUAUUUACUAGAAAAAUCUAGAAUAGUGUCGCAAAAUACGGACGAAAGAAACUAUCACGUUUUUUAUUGCAUACUAGCCGGACUUACAAAAGAAGAAAAACAAAAACUUGAUUUAGGAGAACCCAAUCAAUAUAGAUAUUUGACUGGAGGAGGAAGCACUACUUGCGAAGGAAGAGAUGACGCCGCGGAAUUUGCAGACAUUAGAUCGGCAAUGAAAGUUUUAUUAUUUUCCGAUCAAGAAAUUUGGGAAAUACUUAAACUUUUGGCAGCCCUUCUUCAUACGGGAAAUAUUAAAUAUAAAGCUGCCGUUAUAGAUAAUUUAGAUGCAACUGAGAUUCCAGAUCAUAGCAACGUGGAACGAGUUGCCGGUUUACUAGGGGUGCCAUUACAACCGCUUAUUAGUGCUUUAACGAGGAAAACAAUUUUUGCAAAUGGCGAAACUGUUAUUUCAACGUUAUCCCGCGACCAGUCAGUUGAUGUUAGAGACGCUUUUGUGAAAGGAAUAUACGGUCGAUUGUUUAUAUUUAUAGUAAAAAAAAUUAAUAGUGCAAUUUAUAAACCUCGAGGUUCUACGAGAAGUGCAAUAGGUGUUUUAGACAUUUUCGGUUUCGAAAAUUUCAAUACAAAUAGUUUCGAACAAUUUUGUAUUAAUUAUGCCAACGAGAAUUUGCAACAAUUUUUCGUCCAGCAUAUUUUUAAAUUAGAACAGGAGGAAUAUAAUAUCGAAGGUAUCAAUUGGCAGCAUAUAGAAUUUGUGGAUAAUCAAGAUUCGUUGGAUUUAAUAGCGAUAAAGCAAUUGAAUAUAAUGGCGCUCAUUGACGAAGAAUCUAAAUUUCCAAAGGGAACGGAUCAAACCAUGUUGGCUAAACUUCAUAAAACUCACAGCAGUCACAGAAAUUAUUUAAAACCGAAAUCAGACAUCAAUACUUCAUUCGGUUUGAACCAUUUUGCCGGAAUCGUUUUCUACGACACGAGAGGAUUUUUAGAAAAAAACAGAGAUACGUUUAGUGCUGAUCUUUUACAGUUAGUUCACAUGUCUAAUAAUAAAUUUUUACAAUCGAUAUUUGCCGAAGAUAUUGGAAUGGGUUCGGAAACGAGAAAACGAACUCCAACGUUAUCGACGCAGUUUAAAAAAUCAUUAGACAGUUUAAUGAAAACCCUCAGUUCUUGUCAGCCAUUCUUCAUCAGAUGCAUAAAACCCAAUGAAUACAAAAAACCAAUGAUGUUUGACCGCGGUCUUUGUUGCCGACAAUUAAGGUAUUCAGGUAUGAUGGAAACAAUAAGAAUUAGAAGAGCAGGUUAUCCGAUUCGUCAUAGUUUUAAAGAAUUUGUCGAGAGAUACAGAUUUUUAAUACCGGGAAUUCCUCCGGCUCAUAAGGGUGAUUGCAGAACUGCGACUACAAAAAUUUGUCAAGCCGUUCUUGGUCGUUCCGAUUAUCAAUUGGGUCACAAUAAAGUAUUUUUAAAAGAUGCUCACGAUUUGUUUCUGGAACAAGAAAGAGAUAGAGUUUUGACGCGUAAAAUAUUAAUAUUACAAAGAUCCAUCCGCGGUUGGGUUUACAGAAGAAGAUUUAUUAAAAUGAAAAAUGCAGCUAUGACGAUACAAAAAUACUGGAAAGGAUGGGCGCAAAGACGGCGAUAUCAACGAAUGCGUGGAGGAUACAUGAGACUCCAGGCUUUGAUAAGAUCCCGCGUGUUAUCUCACAGGUUUAGACACUUGAGAGGUCACGUGGUCGCUCUUCAAGCACGUAUAAGAGGGUAUCUUAUUCGUCGUAUGUUCAAAACGAAAAUAUGGGCUAUAAUUAAAAUACAAGCUCACGUGAGAAGGAUGAUAGCACAAAAAAGAUAUAAGAAAAUUAAGUAUGAUUAUCGACAUCAUCUCGAAGCUCUACGUUUAAGAAAAUUAGAAGAAAGAGAAUUGAAAGAAGCAGGAAAUAAAAGAGCUAAAGAAAUAGCUGAACAAAAUUAUAGGAAACGAAUGAAAGAACUAGAAAGAAAAGAAAUAGAAUUGGAAAUGGAAGAACGACGUCAAAUGGAAAUAAAGAAAAAUUUGAUAAAUGAUGCGGCUAAAAAACAAGAUGAACCGGUCGAUGAUAGUAAAUUGGUCGAAGCCAUGUUUGAUUUUCUUCCGGAUUCGAGUAGCGAAGCACCGACGUCAACAAGAGAAACUUCCGUUUUUAACGAUUUACCAUCUCCAAAAGCAGAUCCUCACGAAAUAAUAAGUCCCAUGCAUGUUCCAUCCGAAGACGAAGAAGAUUUAUCGGAAUUUAAAUUUCAUAAAUUUGCUGCCACUUAUUUUCAAGGGAAUAUGACUCAUCAAUACUCGAGAAAACCGUUAAAACAUUCGUUAUUACCUCUUCACACACAGGGCGAUCAACUGGCUGCUCAAGCUCUCUGGAUUACAAUACUCAGAUUUACGGGAGAUUUAGCCGAACCAAGAUGCCAUACUAUGGACAGAGAUACUACGUCAGUUAUGUCUAAAGUGACAGCUACACUAGGAAGAAAUUUUAUUAGGAGUAAAGAAUUUCAAGAAGCUCAAAUGAUGGGUUUAGAUCCGGACUCAUUCAUGAAGCAAAAGCCUCGGUCCAUAAGGCAUAAAUUAGUAUCAUUGACCUUGAAAAGAAAGAACAAAUUGGGUGAAGAUGUCAGACGUAGAUUACAAGAAGAUGAAUAUACGGCGGAUAGUUAUCAACACUGGUUGGAAUCUCGACCGACGACAAAUUUAGAAAAACUUCAUUUUAUUAUCGGACACGGAAUUCUUCGAGCUGAAUUAAGGGAUGAAAUUUAUUGUCAAAUAUGUAAACAACUUACGGCGAACCCUUCAAAAUCAUCUCAUGCGAGGGGAUGGAUUCUCCUUUCUCUAUGCGUGGGUUGUUUUUCACCGAGCGAAAAGUUUGUCAAUUAUUUACGUGCAUUCAUAAGAGAAGGCCCUCCCGGAUACGCUCCUUACUGCGAAGAUAGAUUGAAAAGAACUUUUAACAACGGAACUAGAAAUCAACCUCCCAGCUGGCUAGAACUUCAAGCUACCAAAUCGAAAAAACCAAUUAUGCUUCCCAUUACCUUUAUGGAUGGAAAUACGAAAACAUUAUUGGCAGAUUCUGCAACCACGGCACGGGAACUUUGCAAUCAACUCUCCGAUAAAAUUGGUUUGAAAGAUCAAUUCGGUUUUUCAUUAUACAUUGCUUUAUUCGAUAAGGUUUCGUCUUUGGGUAGCGGAGGCGACCACGUAAUGGAUGCAAUUUCUCAAUGCGAACAAUAUGCCAAAGAACAGGGAGCUCAAGAGCGAAACGCACCUUGGAGAUUGUUUUUUAGAAAGGAAAUUUUUGCUCCCUGGCACGAGCCUACGGAUGAUCAAGUGGCCACAAACUUGAUAUAUCAGCAAGUCGUGAGGGGUGUGAAAUUUGGAGAAUAUCGAUGUGACAAAGAAGAAGAUUUAGCUAUGAUUGCCGCACAGCAAUACUACAUAGAAUACGGUACGGAUAUGAACGUCGAACGUCUUUUCACAUUGUUACAAAGUUACAUACCGGAUUAUUGUCUCACGAAUAACGAAAAAUCAGUUGAUAGAUGGGCGCAACUUAUUGUUAUGGCAUAUAAAAAGAGUUACUACCUUAAAGAAAAAGUUGUGGCAUUGCGUGUGAAAGAAGAUGUCGUCAGUUAUGCCAAAUUCAAAUGGCCUCUUUUAUUUUCUAGAUUUUACGAAGCUUAUAGAAACUCAGGACCCAACCUUCCCAAAAACGACGUCAUAAUCGCUGUGAAUUGGACGGGAGUGUACGUGGUCGAUGAUCAAGAACAAGUUUUAUUAGAGCUUUCGUUUCCUGAAAUAAUGACAGUGGCCAGUCAAAAAACUAAUAAAGUUUUCACGCAAACGUUUACUUUAUCUACCGUACGAGCAGAAGAAUUUACUUUUCAAAGUCCAAAUGCUGAAGAUAUUAGGGAUCUCGUCGUUUAUUUCUUAGAAGGUCUGAAAAAACGUUCGAAAUUCGUGAUUGCUUUACAAGAUUAUCGAGCUCCAGGCGAAAGUUCUUCCUUUUUAUCUUUCGAACGAGGUGAUUUAAUUAUAUUGGAAGAUGAAAGUACCGGCGAAGCGGUCAUGAAUUCCGGUUGGUGUGUCGGAAGAUGCGAAAGAACAAACGAAAAAGGGGAUUUCCCUGCCGAAACCGUUUACGUCAUCCCGUGCCUUAAUAAACCUCCGAGUGAUAUUCUUGCUUUGUUCAGUUUGGAAUCAACAGAAAAUGGUAGAAGAGUCAAUCAUCAACACAUGAACGGAAAUGACAAUCAGGAGAGGCCUCAUAAUCUGUUGGAAUACGCUUUGGAUCAUUUUAGGCCUCCACCAAAAAGAACCGUAUCGAAAACGUUAACUUUAUCAUCGGCACGAAAAGGUCCCCCAGAUGAACUUUGGAGGCAUUCAAGGGAUCCGAUAAAACAACCUCUUUUGAAAAAAUUAUUAUGUAAAGAUGAAUUAUCCGAAGAGGCUUGCUAUGCUUUCACCGCCGUACUUAAAUACAUGGGAGAUUUACCGUCUAAAAGACCGAGAAUAACCAACGAGUACACCGAUCAAAUUUUCGACGGACCUUUAAAACACGAAAUUUUACGGGAUGAAAUUUACUGCCAAAUAAUGAAACAGUUGACCGAUAAUAGAAAUCGUAUCAGCGAAGAAAGAGGAUGGGAAUUGAUGUGGUUGGCCACGGGAUUGUUCGCGUGCAGUCAAAAUUUACUAAAAGAACUUUCGAUGUUUUUGAGAACACGAAGACAUCCCAUAUCUCAGGAUUCGUUUCAAAGACUCCAGAAAACGUUGAGAAACGGUCAAAGAAAAUAUCCGCCGCAUCAAGUCGAAGUCGAAGCCAUACAACACAAAACGACACAAAUAUUUCACAAAGUUUAUUUUCCGGAUGACACGGACGAAGCUUUCGAAGUCGAUUCGUCGACGAAAGCAAAAGAUUUUUGCCACAACAUAUCGCAAAGGUUAAAUUUAAGGUCGAGCGAAGGUUUUAGCCUUUUUGUUAAAAUAGCCGAUAAAGUUAUAUCCGUGCCAGAGGGAGAUUUUUUCUUCGAUUUCGUGAGACAUUUAACGGAUUGGAUAAAAAAAGCAAGACCGUCAAGAGAUGGUACGACGCCGCAAUUCACCUAUCAAGUGUUUUUCAUGAAAAAACUAUGGACGAAUACGGUACCUGGAAAGGAUAGAAACGCGGAUAUCAUUUUUCAUUAUCAUCAAGAACUACCGAAACUUUUAAGAGGAUAUCAUAAAUGCACGAAAGAAGAAGCAUCUCGAUUGGCUGCACUCGCUUAUAGAGUUCGUUUCGGUGAAAGCAAACAAGAACUACAAACGAUACCUCAAAGGUUGCGGGAUUUGCUUCCGUCAGAUUUGAUAAAAGCUCAAAGCGCCAACGAUUGGAAGAGGAGUAUAGUGACGUCAUACAAUCAAGAUGCUGGAAUGAGUUCGGAAGAUGCCAAAAUAACAUUUUUAAAAAUAACAUAUAGAUGGCCGACGUUCGGUUCGGCAUUUUUCGAAGUCAAACAAACGACCGAACCAAAUUAUCCCGAAUUGUUAUUGAUAGCCAUAAACAAACACGGGGUUAGCUUGAUACAUCCCCAAACGAAGGAGAUAUUAGUGACUCAUCCAUUUACGAGAAUAUCAAAUUGGUCAUCCGGAAAUACGUAUUUUCACAUGACGAUAGGAAAUCUCGUAAGAGGUUCGAAAUUAUUAUGCGAAACGUCAUUGGGAUACAAAAUGGACGAUUUACUCACGUCGUAUAUUUCACUCAUGCUCAGCAACAUAAACAAACAAAAAUCCCUGAGAAUAAAAUAG